AUUGCAGGAGAUGGAACAGAACUACCGCGACGACGACCUCGAGUUUGUUGUUGAUGACUUCUACGAUGAAUUCGAGGAUGAAAACCCUUUUGAAGAGCCCGAAUCACCUAUUCGCACCGAUUGCGACUCUGACUUCCGUGAUGACUUCGAGUUGAGCAAGUCAAAGACUGAUACAUCUGCUUUUGAAGCGAGGAAUGGAAAGGACAUACAGGGAAUACCUUGGGAGAGGAUGAACUACACGAGAGAUAAGUACCGCGAGAAACGAUUGAAGCAGUACAAGAACUAUGAGAGCCUCUCAUCCUCCCGAGAGGAGCUCGCGAAGGAGUGUUUACCAGUGGAGAAGGGGAACAACUUUUAUGACUUCCACUUCAACACUAGGCUUGUCAAGUCCACAAUCGUGCAUUUUCAGGUAGAGAAUUUACUCUUUUUUUUCCUUUAAUUACCUAAUGGUAAACUCAUGGAUCGACAUGUCUCGUCGGUGAGUCACUGGUAAAUUCAUGCAUUAUACAUGCAUAUUUUGUUCAUAAAGCUACCUCCAUAAAUUCGAAGAAAUAGUAUGCAGAUUUGAUGCAUCAUCAUUCCUCAUUUAUUAUGCUUUUCUUCGGAUGAAUGUCUGCAUCGUCAUCUUUAACCUUUCCCUGAAGAUGAUUGUCCUUGCAUUCUUUGCCUGUUCAAAUCUGAUCGUUUGUCUUUCAAACGGAAUGUACAUGAAAUAAGGCUGUCAUGUGGAAAUUCUUAUAUAUAAAACAAAAAACAAUCAUUGCAUGCCCUGCACAUUUAACAGACUUUGGCCUUUAGAUUCUGUACGUUCUUCAAUAAGGCGCUCUUAAUAUCUGUUUAUAUGCAUAUUACGUCUUCAAGUUUUGCAGGUUUAUCAAUUUGAUAUAUUCUUUAUGGAUAUCAUGUGCUUCAGUAGCUCUGUGCUACAACUAUUUGAUGGAAGGUUUGGAGUUCACAGGUUUUCUACUGAAUGUUAGGUUUUGGUAGAUUGUUUAGAUAAUCGAAGAUCAAGACAUCAUAAUCAAGUGAUGAACUUGUGUUGGGCUUUCAAAUAUGUCAUAAACUUGGGAGACUGUUCAACUGCAUUUUAUGGAUUAUUGUCCAAUUAUUUCAACUGACUUGUUUCAUAUUUUUGUUUUCAUCUUCAUGAAUAAUGCUUUUGGGGGAAAAAAAAUAAAAAAUCUAGGUGUAGGUACAUAUAGGAUAAGUAAAUGACUGUCUUGUUGGAGAACUUAUGAUGACCACUUUUAGAUACUGGUAUAAAACGCACAUGUUGUAGCUCUUGAAGAAUUCUUUGCAACUUUUUAUCUUUAUUUUUAAAGAAGGCCAAACUAGAAUUGUGCCUGGAACAUAGUUUUUUUGAGACAAUGUUUUUAUAUCUUUCUCAGCAAUAAGUAGAGUUUCUUAGCAUUUCUUUCAAUUAGGCGCUUAUAAUUGCUGAUGGUAAAGCUGUCAUAAUUUGAACUUUGAAGUAAGAUAUUGCCUUGACCUUCUGAACCAAAAACUAUUAUGUGGAAGAUUCGACCUGGGCUACCUGCUAGAGAAUGCUUGGUUUAUUUUGACUCCCAGUGGUAAGGUACUGAAUGCAUCAUGCUCUUGCUGUGGCUUUGGAUUUUAGAUUUCUUUUGGAAAGGACAUCUAAUCACGGAGAGUUUGCAAAUGCUCUGUGCCAUAUGAAUUGUUAAUCGUAGGGAAUAUAUAGACUCAAUAACAGCUGUAGCAAAGUGCCGCAUUUCUGAUGACCUAUACUCGAGAUAACAAAAUAGUAAAUGGUAAGGUAAUUAUUCUUCUAGCAGCAAUAAGUCAACCUCACCAAAUAGCUUAGAUUGAUGUGGAAACAUAAUGUGAUUGGACAAUGGAUGAGGGACCAUAUUGGGGAAGCACUAAAGUUAAUGUUUGAUUGUUCAUCAGACAAGUUUAUGUUCACAUUUGACGCAUUUGUUGUUGCAAAUUAUUAUGUGUUUUAACUCUCUGGCAUUAGGAAUGCUAUACUUCUCUCUUUAUUUCAGCUUUUAAAGCAAGGUGGAAGUUAUAUCUGAGCAGCUGGCACAGUAAGCAAACGGGUAUAUAUGGUAUGAUAGGAAGUGUUUGAUCACUGUAGAGGGGGCUGCAUGACAUUCUCCAUCAUUUCAUUUGUCUGCCUUUUGGAGUUUGUGUUAUUCCAUUUGCAUGAAUUGUAUGAUAACCUACUUACCAAUGCAUACUCUUCAUUUCCACUCCAACGAGACCAUCAGGUACUCGUUUGUAUAUGCUGAGUAGUUCUUAGUGGUAAAUUCACUUAAAAUCAUUAAUGGUGAACAACUUCCUUUAAGCGGCAGGUGGUCCAAAAAAAUUCUGCAUGCCUUGCUUUGUUUUCAUUCACCGAGAGUUUGAUAUUUACUGUAGUGACAAGCUACUGCAUACCCCAAAAUUGAGACUCUUGUACUACUAGAGGAGCCAAAAGAAAAAAAAUUAUAACAAAACAAAAAAGCGAUUACUGCAUGAGACAAACUUUAAAAUGGCCAUGCUAUAGUAAAACGCUUGUAUUGAAUUGUCAUAUGGAAGCUCAGUUUCACUGUUUUCUUUUGUCCUUCAUUCAGCUGCGGAAUCUUCUUUGGUCCACAUCAAAGCAUGAUGUAUACCUUAUGCAAAACUACUCUGUAAUGCAUUGGUCAUCAUUGUUCAGAAGGAGCAAAGAGGUGCUAAAUGUGGCCAGACCAAUCACUGCCAAUGUGCAGAGGAGGCCCAGCCUUCUGAUGGAGACCCUCUCUAGAGUGCAAAUAAGCACCAUGGCUGUAAAAGACAACUUACUAGUUGCCGGAGGAUUCCAAGGGGAACUCAUAUGCAAGUUCCUUGAUCAACCUGAUGUUGCAUUCUGCACCAAAGUAACAGCAGAGGAGAAUGCUAUCACUAAUUCUGUGGACAUAUAUCGUAGCCCAAUGGGUUCUUUGAGGGUCUUGGCUGCAAACAAUGAUGCCCGAAUCAGAAUUUUUGACACUCAGAAAUUUGCUUGCCUAAGUAACUUCAACUUCGGUUGGUCUGUAAAUAACGCCUCUGCUAGUCCAGAUGGUAAACUCCUUGCAGUGCUCGGGGACUGUGAAAAUUGCCUGAUAGCUGAUGCUCAAUCUGGCAAAACGGUCAGCACCUUAAAGGGGCACUUGGAUUACUCCUUUGCAUCAGCUUGGCACCCCGAUGGUCGAAUCCUUGCCACGGGGAACCAAGACACGACCUGCCGAUUGUGGGACAUUAGGAACCCGUCCCAGUCCAUAGCCGUCCUAAAGGGGCGAAUGGGAGCCAUCAGGGCCCUCAAGUUCACAUCCGAUGGCAGGUUCAUGGCCAUGGCGGAGCCCGCGGACUUUGUUCACAUCUUUGACGCUCAAUCAGGCUACUCUAAGUCUCAAGAGAUCGACCUCUUUGGCGAGAUUGCAGGGAUAUCCUUCAGUCCUGACACGGAGUCUCUCUUCGUUGGGGUAGCAGACCGAACUUAUGGCAGCUUGUUGGAGUUAAACAGGAGGCACUGCAACCGAUAUUUGGACGCAAUGAUCUAGUCGUGCUCAUUGAGCAAAAUUGUCGAUGCGGAAUUGUAGAUAAAUAUAGGACAAAGGUAUUGUUUUGAGAGUGUAUAUAUCUCGAUAUAAGGUUUGUAGAAGCAGCUUAGUACUGAUGUUGGAGGACGUUAACUAAUGUCCCUUUGGUUGGUUUGGAGAGUAUUAGUGGCCAAAAGAUCUUUUGCUGAUUUUGGAGAGCAGAUCAUUGGUAACCUCAAAUAGUUGGCCUUUUUUAAGGUUUGUUUUGCUCUUCGCGUACGUGAGGACCUGAAGACCCUGCGUGCAAUUUGUUUAUAUUAGAUUGGACUUGUGGUCAAUUAUUUUAUGAAGAUUUUUUUUUUCCUUUUUAGUUGAA